CCCAGCAAACUACACCAGGCUUAAUGGCCCAUUUUCUCCUUUUUUAUGGGUCGGCCUGUUUGACUUAACUAAAACAGUGAGAUCUCAGUUGGCGGCAGCUCCGCGGUUUUUCGUUGGCAGACGGCGGCCACGAAGAACAGAGCGAGAGAAAAUAAAGUUGGAAGAGUUACGGAAAAUCGUUCCACUAAUCUGAAGGAUCUGGACGAUCUCCGGGACGAAAUUGAGAAGAUCUGAGGCAAAUCCGCCGUCGAGCAGGUGUCAAAAAUGGCCGAAGAAGAGCGCAAGAACGAAGGGAAGAACCAGUACAGUAUAAUAAUCCCAACCUACAACGAGCGACUCAACAUCGCCCUCAUCGUUUACCUCAUUUUCAAGCAUCUCAGGGAUGUUGAUUUUGAGAUCAUUGUUGUGGAUGAUGGGAGUCCGGAUGGCACUCAAGAUAUCGUUAAGCAGUUGCAGCAAGUGUAUGGCGAAGACCGUGUUCUGUUAAGAGCUCGACCCAAAAAGCUUGGUCUCGGUACUGCUUACAUUCACGGUUUGAAGCACGCGUCUGGCAAUUUUGUAGUAAUUAUGGAUGCUGAUCUAUCUCACCAUCCAAAGUACCUCCCCAGCUUUAUCAAGAAGCAGUUAGAGACCGGUGCAAGUAUAGUAACUGGAACCAGAUACGUGAAAGGUGGCGGCGUGCAUGGUUGGAAUCUUAUGCGGAAGCUAACAAGUAGAGGAGCCAAUGUUCUUGCACAUACAUUCUUAUGGCCCGGUGUAUCUGACUUGACAGGAUCUUUCCGGCUUUACAAGAAGUCUGUGCUUGAAGAUAUCAUAACUUCAGUCGUUAGCAAGGGAUACGUGUUUCAGAUGGAGAUGAUCGUUCGUGCUUCCAGGAAAGGAUACCGUAUUGAGGAGGUUCCGAUUACAUUUGUUGACCGAGUAUUUGGAAGCUCCAAGCUUGGAGGAUCAGAAAUUGUGGAAUACCUUAAAGGCCUUGCUUAUCUGCUGGUUACAACAUAAGCUUGUGUAUUCUACAUAGACUAAACAUUUUUAUACUGAAUUUAGCUGAUUCUUGACACUAACAUACCGAAAGCAGUUCAAUUGCUCGUCUGACGUCUCCCUUUGUAAUUUCUUCUUCUGAGGUUUAUUAGGGUUCCCAAACCUUCUGUCUGACACCUCUGUAGCUCCUUUCGUGUAAUGGAACAAGAUUCUUAUAUUCAUAGGGUGGGAAUCAUUGUGUCGAUACUCGAUAUAUAGUGUGAUCAUUCAGUAACUUCCUAUGAUUGUGUUCCCGUAUGCAGAUCUGAACUGCUAAUCUAAAUACGCGAGCUUGAUACGAACUGCUAAUCUUAAUACGUGGCUCGAUCUACACCCCCGAACUACCUUGGUACAAACUUGUACAUUACAAACAGGGGAAGAUGAAGGGAGAUGGAAAAGCUUUAUAAAGGUACAAUAAACAU